AAUGAGUGUAGUCGCUGUGUCCGGUGAUCUGGCAACGCCGCGCCAGGUGGCCGCGGCCACGUAGGAACAUUCAGUUGACAUCUGCGGGUCGUGGGCGUUGGUGUAGUGCCGCUGGACUCCUAGGUAUCUUAACGUAACGCACUGAUAAGGAAAAGCACAAAAUAGAACACGAUGAAGGUUAAAGAAAUAAGUCAGCUGGCCAACAUUGUAUGGUCACCAGCUGCCCACCGGCCAAGUUACCUGGCCUGUGGCACUACGGCCAAGCAGCUGGAUGCCAGCUUCAACAGUAAUGCCACCCUUAGUCUUUAUGACCUCAAUGCUUGUCAGACCAACCUUGAGAUGAAGCUGGCUGCCUCCAUUGAAUCUCCUGCCAGAUUCCAUGACCUGCAGUGGAGUGGUCUGGGCUCUGAGCCAUCUGGUCUUAUCUAUGGAGGCUGUGAGAACAAUGCCAUCUAUAUAUACAGUGCUGCCAAGCUUCUUGCCAAAGCUCCCAAUAGCCUGGUUGGCACAACAGAGGGUUUGCACUCUGGUCCUGUGUUUACCAUCAGCUGCAAUUACAUGAAGGCAAACUUCGUGGCCUGUGGAUCUUCAGACUCUGAGGUAACUGUUUGGGAUGUCAACAACCUCACUGCACCAAUCAUUCCUGGCAAGAAACUUUCCUUGGGUGCUGAUGUGACCUGUGUUGAAUUUAAUAGGCAGGUGGAGCACAUCUUUGCCUCCACUUGUGCAGGUCAUUGUGUGGUGUGGGACCUAAGGAAGCAGGCCUCUAUUAUGACCAUCUCAGACACCGUCUCAAGGAUGAAGACAAGUAACAUCAUCUGGAACCCACAUGUGGCCACUCAGCUUCUGUUGUCGAGUGACAACGACCCUACACCGUGGGCUCAGGUGUGGGACCUGCGUUAUGCUACUGCCCCCAUCAAAACCUUGGAGGGCCACCAACGGGGUAUUCUCAAGACUGCAUGGUGUGCCCAUGACCCCAACCUCCUCAUUACUGCAGCUAAGGACAGCAAGAUUUAUGUGUGGGAUCCGAAUGAAGCAAAUCGUGGCUCAGAGAUUGUAGGGGAGUUUCCCUCUUACAAUCAAUGGAGCUUUGACAUGGACUGGUGCAAGCAUGACCCUUCAUUGAUGGCUGUGUCUUCAGUGGAUGGUUGUAUCAGUGUCUACUCCCUGCUUGGAGCUGGGCUGCCCCCUGCAUAUAUAUAUAAGUUCUCCCAGAUAGCUGACUCCUUCCCUGGGAUGGACAUUCCUGCAGUAGUUCCCCAGGGAGCAACCCCUCAGCCCAUCAGACUUAGGAAUCCUCCUAAGUGGUUUGCUCCCACUGCUGGAGCUAGUUUUGCUUUUGGUGGUCGCCUGGUGUCAUGGAACAAACAAAGCCUCAGCGUUGAGAUCUCUCAGGUGGUGACUGAACCAGAACUAGUGGAGAGGAGUUCCCAGCUGGAGGCAGCACUUUCACAGCCUCAGUUUGGCCCUUAUUGUCAAGCUAAGGCUGAGGCAGCCACUCAGCCCAGUGAUCAAAUGUUGUGGCAGUACAUAGGGGCAAAUUUUGCAGAAUCCCCACGCUCCAAGAUUAUGGAGCUGUUGGGGUACUCUGCAACACAAGUGUCCACUCAACUCAGUCCUAAUGCUCCUGAGGCAGAGGUGGUCACAGCUGAGGUGCUUGCCGAGAAGAUGGCCAACCUCGGUGCUGCCAAUGAUGGCAGCACAGGCUCCCUUGACCCUAGUGAACAGUUUGAGAUGAUUGCAUCUGGACAAUCUUUUGAUAAGACCCCAGACACUGAGACGGCUGAGUUGGAUGGUGAUGGGGAGGCCAGCCCAGCUCCAGUAACUCUCGAUGUGGAGGAGAAGGAGGGCAGCAACCAAGGACUCAUAACUCAGGCUCUCCUGGUGGGCGAUUUGGAGAGUGCUGUGGAUUUGUGCAUCAAGGAUGGAAUGUACCCACAUGCUCUCACCCUAGCUGCCCAUGCUGGCCCUCACCUCUAUGAUAAGACAAGGGACACGGUACUCAAGCGUGUUGAUGGAAGCCUUGCAUCGCUGGUUGGAGCUGUAGUUAAGGGGGAUCUCACCACUAUCACUACAUCCUGUAAACUCUCCAAUUGGAAGGAAGCCCUUGUGGCUAUAUUAACAUACUGCAGCAAUGAGCAGUUUCCACGGCUUGCAGAGAGUUUAGGAGAGCGUCUAGAAUCCAAAGGUGACCCUCAGGCCCUGCUGAGUGCCAUGAUAUGCUAUGUUUGUGCUGGCAGCCUUGAGAAGUGUGUUUCUUGUUGGAUCAAAACACGACCAACUACCAACAAACCCCAGGACUUACAGGACUUGGUGGAGAUCAUCAUGGGGCUGCAGCGAUCCCUCUCCUGCGCUGGUCACACAGUCAACCCAAGUGAAGGCAAUACAGUCAGCUCCCUGCUCUGUCAGUAUGCUUCUCUUCUCGCUGCACAGGGAGUGCUUCGAACAGCAGUCUCCUACCUCAACUCAGCCACACAGGGUGAAAUGGCUGCCUUGAGGGACAGGCUCUACAGAGCUCUUGGAUACCCAACAGGCAGCAGCAUGGCUGCCCCUGCCAUCACUCAAGACAACCUGAGACGCACUUCCACUCCAAAUAUCUACAGCCAGCCACAGAAUGUAUCCAUGGCAUACAGGAGUUUCUUUUGGAGUAAUCGUCCAUGGCAUCGUCCUAAGAUAGAAGAGCUGCGGUUUUUCAUGCCAAGUCAGUUCACACCAUCAGUUCAAGACCAGCAGAGGUCAAUGUUUGGUGCACCACCCUCACAGCCAACCAGUGCCCCUGCCACAAACCCUUCCUUCUAUAACCCCAUGAACCCCAGCCCCAUGGUGCCUCAGCAGAUGUCUCCCAUGGAGCCACAGUAUGGAGCUCCCCCACCCAUUUCUGCUGCUCCACCUCAAGGCCCACCCACAGGAGGGUUGCGACGUGGACGACCGGGUCGCUACGUACCAGACACCUCAGUUACUUCCCCCACUUCAUCCAGCAUGCUUAACCCUGUCCAGCCCUCUCCUUACUUUACUCCCACCUCUGGAAUUACUCCAUCUCCCCUCAACCCACCAUCAGCACCACCUCAGUUCUUCAGUCCGACGGCACCUCCCACUGCUAGCCCAAUGUAUGGAGACCCUCAGCAGCAGCCACCAGUCCAGCCACCACCUAAGACUCCAGCAGCCCUAGAUUCAUCUGUGCCAAGGGGUUGGAAUGAUCCCCCGCCACCAUCUUCUCGAAAGUUUGUGGAAGGGCAGCAGUAUUGUGGAGAGCCUAGGUGCCAUGUUGGACACUCUGGCGACAAGAAGCUGAUGAUGCUGAAGCAGGCUAAACAGCAGCAACAGCAACAGCAACAGCAACAGCAACAGAAUGAAGUUGCCAAGCCUGUUGAGCCUAUCAUGUGUCCAGUGCCAGGUGGUGCUGUGCCUGAACCUCCACAGCAGUUCAUGGGUUUCCAGCAUCCUCAAUAUGGAACAGAGGCCCUUAGCCCCUCUGCUACUGGAGCUAGGCCACCAGUGAAUGAGGCUGUUUCAGCUGCUGCUCUUGAGCCUGCUGUCAAGGGGCCACUUCCACCUGAACACCAGGUCAUCCAGGAUAUCCUCAAUGACAUCAGAAAUCGGUGUUUGUUGGUUGUUCAGAAUCAGCAAAUGAAGCAACGUCUGGAAGAUAUCGGAAUCAAGAUGGAGGUGCUCUAUGACAAGCUUCGGGCAGGCCAGCUGAGCCCAGCUUCAGUUUCUGGAGUGCACAAGUUAAUCAGUCAUGUGCAGACUGGAGAUUACCGAAGUGCCUUGACUGUCCAUGCAGAGACGAUAGCUAAGGGGAGCUUCUCUGAGCUUUCAUCAUUCAUGCCUUCCCUCAAGCUACUGCUCCAGUAUUGCAUGCAGCUGCAGGUAUUCCUCCAGUGAGACAGUGCAUAUGGUUUAUGCACUGGUAAUCUUGUUAAUGCAGUUAUGUUGUACUCAGUGUAUAUAUCAGCCCUUAUAUAAAGUUUUCCAAUAAUUUUGCCAGAGAUAAACUUUUCAAAUAAGAUGCUUCUUACAAUUAAUGUGGUGGAAUGUUAGCAGUAUAAAAUGUAAUGGGAAGAAUGUGAAAUUAUUUUAUUGCAGCUUUUCAGUAUUGUGAACAUUUUAGUGAAAAGUAGCUAUUAUAUGCGAUGAAGUAUGCACUAUACAUCAAGAACACUGAAGUUCAGCUUAAUUUGAGGUAAAUUGUUCAGAGGAAUGGACAAAGGAAGACCAUUAAUAUUUCUUUGACAUCUCAUGUGCUCUGCCUCUGAAACUAAAAAAACUGUUGAAUAAAAAUGCAGUUAUCACCGACAUUAUUUUUAGGUAAUUUAAAUUUUUCUAUAGUUAAUUUUUUAGUUUUCAAAUAAUUGUAUUUAUCAUGAGUGAAUGCGUAGCAGCAUACAGGAAUGUAGGUGACAGUCUUUCCACACUGCUGUUUUGUAACUUUAAAAGUUAGUGGUGAGCUCUGUCUUGGAAAGCUGUUCUCAUGUAAUAAGAAGGCAGUCAGAGAUAAAAUCAUUUAUAGAUACUAUAUAUGGCAGUGGACACAGCUUGUUAAGGUAAUGUAAGUAUAAAAUGAACAAUUCAUUAUAGUAGUUAAGUUGUUACUAAUAAUUUAGUGGAUUUGAUAAAUAAUUUAUAUUUGC